AUGACUUGUUGGAAUGAGUCAACAGAAGAGAGAAGAAAUCUGAUAUCAGAAUACAAAUUGAGUGAGGCAGGUCCAAAGCUCUACGCCAACAAGCCUAAGAAAGCGCAGCUUAAGCAAUUUCAGGAGCAACUGAAGGCAAAAGAUUUCUCUUCCCCAACACCAACACAGACACCGUAUGCAUCAGCAUCUUCAGCUGCUGCUGAGUCGUACAGAAUGGGGUCUCAGUCUACAGCUCCUCCUCCUCCUCAGCCUCCUGAGGAGUCCUUUGCUAGACGUUACAAAUUCCUUUGGCCCCUCAUCUUGACUGUCAAUCUAACUGUUGGAGUCUCCAUGGGGCGUCGCAACUGGAGCCAUUGCUGGACACCUGGUUGCAACAUCUAUCGCUAUUCUGGGAGGAGCUUUUCUUGCCAAAUAUUCUGGUUGGCUACUUGGGCGGUGUUCUGUUUCUUGUUUUUGCUGUUGCCACGUUUUUUGGAGUCUUCUAAUAAAUUCAUCGCAAGUUUAGAGAGAGAGAGAGAGAGAGAGAGAGAGUAUAGUGUCACCGUAACGAAGCACUGCACCUGGGAUUAUCGGAUGUCAUUGGUUAGUAGAGAACAAAGUAGACAGAAAGUAGCCUGAGAUACACCAUGGAUAUAGCUGUUACAGAUGCUUCAAAAAGUCCUCAAGUUAGCAUCACUGUAAGCUGUCUUGUAUUGAACUAUUUGUAGGAUUAUUAUCUUAGAUAAAAUUUAGGUGUAGAGAUGGCUAUGCACAUGCUAAAAUUCUCAAAUGCUGAAAUAAACAAGGUCUUGGUGUUAUUCUGUGACCUUUGAAACAACAACAUAUACUCUUGAAGAUACUUAAUGAUUAAGUCCAGAAAACACACACAAUGGAUGGACUGAGCUUCAAUGCUCUAUUGUUUUCAUUAAUAGCAAUUGUCCGUUAAUAGUAUGCGAAGCCGUUCAUGUUGUCUGAACGCAUCAAAGCUUUAAGUCGGGGCAAGGCUUUUUGCAUGUCGUCUCAUAAAAUCCAUACGAACUUCAGACGACAUCGUUUACCUUGGUUAAACUGACGUGGAACGACAAUGUUUCAAGUAGACGAUGACUUGGGUUAAAACAACCGUGUCUAAUAAGUAAGAGACACUUGGCUAACCGCGUAUAAAGGUCGACGACAUAUCAAUACAGCACAAAGGGGGUGUAACAAUUGUACAAAAGGCAUACCAGAGGAAGGAAAUGUCGUCGUUUAUUGGGAUAAAACUUUCCAGCAUUUUUUCUUGUAACUGGGUUGUAAACGACAUACCAAAUUCGCACAAUUCUCCUUAUCCACUUGCGAUGGCGUAGGAAUAGCCACGUUCCAGUUCCCUUAAACAUAACAAUAAAUUUUUAGCAAGUGAGCAAGGGAUCAGAGAAGCUUGAGUUGAGACCAAGAAAAAUGUCAAGAGAGCUAUUAUUUCUCCAUGGCCACCAUUAUCAA